CAGGCAGCACCAGCGGUGUCGCCACCCUCACUCUCUCGUCUCCCCCGCACAGCAACCUCGUCUUGCUCAUGCCCCUUCGCUCGCCGUCUGCUUCUCCGGACCAGCCCCGACUCGCAUCGCUCCACUCUCCCCUUCGUGCAGUGCAACAGGACGAUUAUCCGUUAGGUCGACGAUUGUGAUGCUACCUGCGAGCCAACAGCGGUGGUGGUGAUAACAUCAUACUUUGUUUUGUAGUCCAAGCAGGGGUGGUACUAUACCCAUGUCGCCGUGUAAGGUGAACCUUUGAAGGUAGAUCAUCUCAUAUCACUUCCUUCACGUUUGUGGCUUUUACAUGAUGGGUGAGGAAUUGCUUGACAAACUUUUCAAUUAUGAGUUUAUACUGUACGCAUCAAUGUACCUGAACAGAGUCCCGCGUAGGUUGUCAACCAGUUUGGUUCUAGGUAGGUGCAUAGACAUGGAGGAUAUCAAAUACGAUUUUGUACAACAGCGAGUAUUGUAUAUAAUACGAUACAGAAUCUAUUAUCAGUUUACCAUGCAUGCCGUAGAACAUGUACCAUGUACCAUAUAAAAUACGAUACAAUCUAUAUUCUGUUUACCACGUAUGUCGUAGAGAACUUUUACGAUGUACCGUAUAAUUCGAAGAGUAUUUUCUUUGUAUUUUCUUUGUAUUGUUAACUUCAUUUAUUGUAAAUUGAUGCAACUUUGCAUUAUAGUGUUUUGAUAACUACAAGCUGUAAAGAAACAACUCUUUUAAGGGUAUAAGUGAGAAUUGGAGGUUGGUGUUAUGGAUUUGAUUGGGAGAUUAUGUUGUGAAUUGAUAGUGAAUCAAUUGUAUUUUUGCUAUUAAUAUUUGGUAUUGUAACUUAAUAAACAUAUGUAUUUUUAAAUCUUAAUUAAUUGUAUUAAUAUUGAAGAGGAUGAUAUUUGAAAUAAUAAUAAUUAGUUUGUAGUUAGUGUUCUCAAUUAAUAUGAUAGUUUGUAAUUUGAGUUAUUUAAAUUUGCUAAUAGUUAAGCAACAUGCUAUUUGCUUGACAUUGUUUUUUAUUUAGUUAUGUAACAAAGACUUCAUGAUAUUAGUUAAGACUAUAAGAUAAUUUAGAAUAAGAUUAUUUUAAUGUCUCUAAAUUUCUAUGGAAAUUAUACCUUUUAUUCUAGUAAAUUGAUGGUGGUUUAAUCUUGAUUAAUGGUGCUUAAUUUUGUGAAUGAUAGGUGUAUAAUUUCAACAACUUGAAGCAUUCUAAAUUAAUUGAAGAUGAAUACAUCUUUUUUGAAAGCUCAAAUUGGGACACUUUUUUGGCAGCAUUGGAAUUGCAUAUAAAAUUUACAUUAGAGUAACUCUUCAAAGCUUUUAAGGAAUUAUUAUGCAUUUUAUCUAAACUCUACACUUUACAUUAGUUCAAUCCUUAAUUGAAGCAACAGAGGUUGCCAUAGUAUUAUAAAAUGGCCUUUUUGCAAUUAUCAAUGGAGAUUAUAAUGAAGACUUCAAUAUCAUUGAGAGAAGGGGUGUUGAAUGAAAGACAAUGUAAAAAUUUGUUGAGCAAUUUUUCAAGGGGUCUUGAAACAAUUAAAACCAUCAUUGGUGAUUCUUGUUCAAAUGUGUUUGAUGGAGCAGAAAAAGAUUUGUUCAAAAUUGUUUGCAAAGCAAGAGACUUGAUUGAAGAGUGUUGCAAGGAGGAUUGGUUGAAGAGUGCGGUAAUGCAAAUUAAUAAUAAAGAAGCUUUUAGGGAACUUCUUAUGGAUUUCGAGUGUUGUUUUGAUACCAUAUGUAGUAUCUCUCAAUGUUAUUACCUUGAUCAAAGGGAAAACACUAUUGAGAUAAAAAGAUGCACCACAUUUUUUCCAACAUGCAUUGAUGAAGUUGAUCAAGAUAUGAAGGCAUUGAAUGAGAGGCUUGAUGGUAUUGCACAACAACCAUCAUGUGCAAGUAAAGAUGGUGAACUUGCAUAUUAUCUUAUGGGAAGGAUAAGUGGUAUACAAAAGGUUGAAGGGGGAGAAUUAGACAUCAUUAUUUUUCCUGAUGAAUAUCCUUAUCCUGUAUAUCAAAGACCACCUGUUCCAUUGGAUGGAAGUACAUCGGUAUUUGUGUAUCCAACAAAAUGGUUGGGUAUGAAAAGUGCAACAAAAGUUAUUCCUAUUUCUAAUAAUUCUAAAGAACUUAAAGAAGCUAUUAUUAAAGAAGCUGGCAUUUUGGGUGGAUUAAGUCAUCCAAACAUCAUCAAGCUUUAUUGUUGUGGUUUAUCUGAAAAAAGAAGAGAACUUGAAAUUGUCAUGGAACGUGGAAAGAUGACUUUAUUCGACAUGAUAAGAGAGAGAGGCUCACUUUCAAAUGAAAUUGCAAUAGAUAUUAUACUACAAAUUGCAAGUGGAAUGUGCUAUAUGCAUGAUAUGAAAGUAGCACAUCGUGAUCUUAAAUCUGAUAAUGUUAUUGUAAAUUCAAUUGAUAUUCCAGAGGUGGAUGAUUUAGAAUUUGUAUAUGUGAAGUUGCUUGAUUUUGGUUCUUCAAAGAUUGAAGUGAAAAACAUUCCACAAGUAUGCACAAGAGGAAGUAUUUUUGGAACCUUUGGAUAUAUAGCACCUGAGGCCAUGAUAAAAAAAGGAGAAUCCUUGCAAGAGGUGGAUGCUUUAAAAGCUGAUGUGUUUAGUUUUGGCAUGUUGUGCAGUGAGAUUAUUUCGGAAUUAAAACCUUUUGGUAAUGGAAUUGGUUAUGAUGCUUAUCAAAAAAAUAUUAAAAGAGAUAAAAGGCCCGAUUUGCCAAAAACUUGUCCAAAAGAAUUAAAGUUAUUGAUAGAGGAUUGUUGGUCGUUGGAUCCAUUGAGGAGACCUACAUUCCUUGAGAUUUAUACAAGGUUGACAAUGUUGAAGAAAAAAUUGCUCCAAGGUCUUUGGAGAAGUAGAGACCUCAAAGAUAAAGAGCAUACACUAUGGAUUGAUAUUGUUUUGGAUUCAAAGUAUUGGUGGAUAAGUUUGAAAGAAAAUUUGCACAAUGUUAUACAACAAUGUUUUUUCUUGUUUUGGCAAUAUUUUGCCAUCUUUAUUCAAUGCUUAUGGUUUGUAUCUCAAAUUAGAGAAAUUAAUCCUACCACACAAUUGAUAGUUGAUAAAAAAAAAAUUGAUUUACCAAAUCAAGUUGUUAACAAGGUCAAUGAAGAAACUAUCAAAAAUUUGAAAUUGAUUGGUAUAGAUGAGAAAUUAAUUGAAUUGGAAAGAAAACUACAAAUUGUUGGUAGUUUGGGGAUAAUUGGAAUGGGUGGGAUUGGCAAAUCAACAUUGGCCAAGGCCUUAAGUAACCAUAUCUCUCUCAAGUUUGAAGCAACAUGCUUUAUAGAUGAGUUAAAGAAUGGAAAAUGUAGGCUUAUGUUAAGGAACAAGUUAGAAGAAUUGUACAAGCAACUUCAAGUAUAUGCUUUGCAAGAUGGAAAAACCAUCUUAGAUCAUAUUAGGAAAACAAAGAAGGUUCUUAUUGUCUUGGAUGAUAUAAGAAGUGAUAGUCAAUUGGAUGAGCUGUUGAGUAUUGAUAAGUUUAAAGAUGAUAAUGGAAGUAAAUUAAUUGCUACUAGUCGAACUUGGAGCUCUUUAAAACAAUAUGUACCAAAAAAAGGCAAAGUGGACAUGGAAAUCUUUGAUAGAGUCCAAUCAAUGGAAUUAUUUUCCAUGCAUGCCUUUGCAGCCAAUGAACCUUGUUUAUUAUAUUUGAUGGAUAUAGCCAAUAAGAUUGUUAAUGCUUGUUGUGGACUUCCAUUGAGUUUGGAAGUGAUGGAUAUUUAUUUGUGUGGAAACCAACGAUUGCGAAUAUGGGAGCGAAAUAUGUAUAGAUUACUGCGAGCAAGACAUGAUGGAAGAGAAGAUGAAAAAAUUUGAAAAACAUUACAAAUCAGUUUUGAUGAUCUUAAGUUUGAUGAAAAAAAUAUAUUUUUGGAUGUCUCUUGUUUUU